AUGGCCUCCAAGAAGUACACCGAUCUCCUCACGAAACUCUACAAAAGCUAUCAAGGCGCCGAAUCCUUCCAGCGAGUGGCCGGAGCGUGCCGUGUCACUUCAGUGAGCGAGGGCAAGGUGCGUCUGGAGUUUGACGUCGAGAAGAACAUGACGAACCCGUUCGGGACCCUGCACGGCGGGUAUACAGCGACACUCAUCGAUAUUGCCACGACAACCGCCCUCUUGGCCACCGAGAGGGCUGCGCCUGGCGUCUCCGUCGACUUGCACGUCAGUUAUCUCGGUGCGGCGAAGCUCGGCGAAACAGUGGUCUUGGAUGCGGAGAUUAUCAAAGCCGGCCGCACCACCGCGUUCACCAAGGCCUCGCUCUUCAUCAAAGACACUGACAAGCAAAUCGCCACUGGCCUGCACACGAAAGCUUUGCCCAGGAAC